GGCUUUAUCAGUUCGGGCUCUGUGGGAGUGACUAGAAGAAGGAUGACUGCGCUUCGUAGUUUUUGAUCCGGAACUAGUUUUUCAGAAAACCCGGAAGGAGUAGGUGGCGCGCGCGAAGCGUGUUCCUUGUUCUGGAGUGGAGAUCUACGAGGUGAGCGAGAAGUGCUCCAGUUCCCAGGGUGUCACUUAAGCACUGUAAAAAUGGUCGCUUCCUGCAUACAAAUGCUUGGACACCACACUACACGGAGACUAAUGACACACAGGGAUCCAAGCCGGGCUUGUUGCUUGUUCUUGUAACCCCAGUACUGGAAGACUGAGGAGAGAGGACUGUAUGCUCUCCAAGUUCUUGACUAUGGAGUAUUUGGUUCAUCCUGGUACACUAAGCUUGGCUGCUGGAGUUGCUUGUGGCAUGUGCCUGGGCUGGGGCCUCCGGAGCCACCUUGGGAUGCGCCCCCAGAACUCAACAAGUGAGACAGAUAGACACACAGAGACGGGGACUGAAGCAAGCAUCCUGGGAGAGAGUGGGGAAUACAAAAUGAUUCUUGUGGUUCGAACUGACUUAAAGAUGGGGAAAGGGAAGGUCGCUGCCCAGUGUUCUCACGCUGCUGUCUCUGCCUACAAGCAGACUCAAAGGAGAAACCCUCAAGUGCUCAAAGAGUGGGAGUACUGUGGCCAGCCCAAGGUGGUGGUCAAAGCUCCAGACGAAGACGCCCUCAUUCAGUUACUCACCCAUGCAAAAACCUUGGGACUGACUGUAAGCUUAAUCCAAGAUGCUGGACGUACUCAGAUCGAACCAGGCUCUCGAACUGUCCUGGGAAUUGGGCCAGGACCAGUGGAACUAAUUGAUGAAGUGACUGGCCACCUAAAACUUUACUAGAUAAGCUUUUGCUUGAUGGUGAUACUGUUCGAAGACUAUGGAACCUGUCAGUAACAAUAAAUGCUUAAUUCUUGCCCCACUUUAAAAUCUGUUCCCAUCUUCCUCUAUCAUGUACUGGACCAUUAAUAUCUUGAGCUUAAAAUACUAUUGAAGGGGUAGAGAUGCCUCAGUGAUUAAGGGCACUUGUUCCUCUUGCAAAGGAUGCUGGUUCAGUUUCAGCAACCAUCUAGAUCCAGUUCCAGGUAAUCCAACACCCACUCAAAUCACCAGGCAUGCACAGCAUACAUAUACAUGCAGGCAGACCCUCAUAAAUCCAAAUAAUACAUGAAUACAAAGUAAGUCUCAAGAAUAAACAUACAUUCUCUAAAAGCUCCUGUGGAAUGGCAGGGUCUGGAACAGAUUGGAAGUGAGACAAUGCUCGUGAGGCCACCCAGUGAGCAGGAAGCUGUUUCCUAUGUAUACUGGGGCCCUCGUGUGUUUAUUACUCUUCUCUCAAACCUUGCUGUUGUCCUUUGCCUUUUUGAAGUUCUAGAAAUCAUAUUGUAAUUUUUUUCUGCUACUUUUUGAAUGACUGAUAACCUGUUUUUAUUAUUAACAGGCCACUGUAAAGACCCACUGUGCAAUUCUGGUUUAGAUUUUAACUAGCUGGAUGUUUUUGAGGUGGUCUCAUACUGUAGCUCAGGCUAAUCUUGAACCUGUGGGAUUUCUCCUGCCGUGACCUCCCCUGGGAGAGACUGAAGUUGCGAGCCAUCACACCCAGCUACUCUCUAAAUUCAUUUCUACUUCAAAGUUGGAAUUUUAUGAUCUAUUCAGCAUUUUGAUGUUUAUUUCUUCCAAUCCACUUCGGCUAAGAUACUUCACAGUGGGUUCUAAUCUAUAAACUAUGAAAAUUCCUUUACUGCAACAGUGUCACCAAUGAGUUUGUGAAGUGAACUUUACCUAUUUUCUAAGUGGAAAUGUGUGAAUUUAUGGAAACUAAAGGACUGGUUGUACCCAGCCAGUUUCUCCGGGAAAUUUCGGGAACUAAAUACUUUUUUUUUCUCACUGUAUCCCUGAGCCUGAAACUCACUGUGGAACAGGCUGACCUAAACUCAGGGGUGCUCCUGCCUCCACCUCCAGUGCUGGGAUUAAAGGCAUGCCCCAGCAUGCCUUCCCUACAGAAAGCUUUCUUGACAGUCUUGCUAGAAUUUAUUUUUCUAGAAGAUUGACAGUGAUUUCUAAGUUCAUUAUAUCCUUUAAAACUAUAAAUGAUGUUAAGGAGAGUAAGACUGUAAGUGGGAACUAGGCAGAAUGAUGAAGACAAACUGUAGACAGGCUCCAAGUUAAAAUGCUUUCUGCAUUUUUAUCCUACAGAAGCAUAAAUGGUUCAGGAGUGAUCACAACACUGAAUGACGCCACAGUAGCGACAGUUUCUAGACAGAAUGUUUAUACAGGAGUCAAGUGAUGCAACCACGUGUAACUUGAGUUGAACUCAGUCUUAAAUACAUGGUUAUGACUCAGGUAAUUUAUGAGGCUUGCUGCAGACAAAUGGUUCCACACUAAAAAACUAGAUUCCCAGCAGGAUGGCUGAUUCAAGGACCUGUAAUAAGCUAGGGCUUACCUACAAGGACUCAGUAAAACUUGUUAAUUCUGAUGACAAGUCACGGUAUUUUUCUGGUUCACCUGUUCUUGGUGUAGACUUCUUCAUAGGACUUACAGAGUAGUUCUCAAAGCAUACUCUGCCAAGCCCAAGGAGUAACUGUUUUCAUUAGCUUGAAUGAAAGGGAUCUUUUCUCUAGUGUUUGAUGAUCUACAUGAACAAGUAACCAUCAUAUCUUUCCCAGCCUUGCAUUCACAGUAAAGUUUCACUUGUCCUGAUGAAGCAGUUAAAAAGAACAGUAUUUUUUUUUCCAGCAUAGGUAGGGGCUUUGGGAACCAAAAGCUGAGCAAUAGUAAGUCUUUCAUGGAAAUGCUCCUUGGUAGGUGGCCUGUGCUCCUGUAGAUGGUCCUGCAUGUCAGCAUUGCUUAAACCGCACUGUUAUGAGGCAGAUUUUAACCUGAUGGGGGGAUGAGUGAGGGCUGGGGUGCUAGGCUCAGAGUACACUGUGUACUUGUUUGAAAUUCUCAGCAAAUAAAAAAUUAUUGAAAUUUUUUUACCUAUGA